ACAAGGUUUUAUUUAUAGACGGUACCUCUGUUCAUAGCCUUCUGCCAUUCUUCUGCUAAACAUAUGCAGUCUUGAGAUACUAUGCCUCGAGACUUCAAAACAGAUAAUCCAUAUUUAGAUUGGAAAAAGCCUGUAAUUCUCCUUACCUAUAUUGGUUGCUUUAUAUUGCUGUUUCGUAGCAUGUACAAGGUCAUCAAAAGACGCUGUUUACCUGGCUCUUUUCCAUUCAUGAUCAGGAGGACUGAGAGGCGACUUCCAGGCGAGAACAAUCCGAACAACACUUCACUACAGCUACAGUGUGAAGGCCUGGCUUCUGCCAUCAUACAAUCCCUUCCUGCCAUUCCGUUUGGGGAAAAAAUGAAGCAAAAUGAUGGUGAUGAUGAUGGCAACAAGGCUUGCUCUAUUUGCUUGGGGGAAUUUGGAGAAGGAGAAUGGCUGAGAUUGCUGCCAAACUGUGCUCACCUCUUCCACAUCUCCUGCGUUGACCCUUGGCUUCGCUCUCACUUUACCUGCCCGUUAUGCAGAAAUGAUGUUUUGUAUGAUUCUAGUGACAAUUUAGAUUCUUCUUCUUCAAUGAAUGGUUUUUUAGAGACACUACCUAGAGAAAACAUGUAUCAAGGAAGGCCAUUAGGGUAUAAUCUUUUGGAGUAUGAGGAAAUCCGAAACCAGGAGCUCAGGUGGGAAGCAGUGAGAGGCAAUCAAUCCGGGUCAGACUCUGGUGGAUCUUUUCCUGGAAUGGCACGUUCAUCUAUAGCUUCGACCUCAAAUGCCUGAAUAAGUAGCCAUCAGUAAAUUUUCGUGGCAUUGAUUGCUUGUAUCAUAAUAUCAGCAUUCUUUCCUCGUGACACUAUUUUUCACAAUCAUAGCUCUUCACUCGAAGAUCUAGGAAAGAUGACGAAUGAAAGAAGCUCCUGAUCACCCAAGAGGCCAAGUUAAAUGCACCAAGAACUUCUCCACUGAAGCAUGUACUGCCGUUUUUUUUCCAAGGAUUUUCAUGUCAUUCGUCGUCACGUUGACAGGUAUCCGGAGUACAACGUCAAGACAGAAGAAAGAAGACACGACUUUAAAAUGAAAAGCCACGCAAGGUGAAGGAUAUUUAUUUAUAUAUUGCUAUGGUACAUAGAGAGUUCAUUGCAAUGGAUGUACAGUAGAUGUGAUCGCCUCAGCAAGGGGCUUGAUGUCACGGCAAGAAUAUCUUUUUUUUUUUUCGUUCCAAAUCCUUUUUCUAUUAACAGAAUUUCCUGCACGUAUUCAUAGCAAAAUGACAGUGAAAUGCUCGAUG